AUGAUAAAAUUAAUUAGAAAAAAUGGUGUAAAAUCAUUUUUUACGCGAUACAAUGACAUUUACAAAAUACGUGAGUUAAAUUAUAGAUAUUGUUAUAAUAUUAAAAGAAAACUUUCAAAUACAAAAACAGAUAAUAAAAAAAAGAAAAUAUAUAACGAAGAAUUAGAUGUAAAUAAUGAUAUCAGGGAUAUUUACUUUAAUAAUAAGUUAAUAGAAAAAAAAUUUGCUGAUAUAAAAAUAAAAAAUAGCCACAAUAAAAUACUUUUUGAAUUUUUGCCUAUUGAAGGAAGAACGUAUAAAGUUCCAUCAUGCUUUAAAAUUAUCCAUUAUAUUAUUUUGUUUAUUCUUUCAAGUGGAGUAAUAUUAAUUCAUGUAUUACCUGAAGUUAAUAAAGAACAUUACAUAAGAGAUAUAUUGACAUUAGAAAUUUAUAUUUCUUCCUGCUUUUUAGCAUUCAAUGGAGGAUUUAAUUCUUUACUUCAAUUAAUUCAAUAUGCAAUACCUCCUAAUAGAAAAUACAAAGGAUUAUAUAAUAGCUUACGCUUUAUUUCUUCUUUAAUACCUAUAUUUUUUAGCUUAAUAUCAACAUCAUUAUGUGAGAAUUUCCCUAGAGAUAGUUUAUUCUUAUUAGUUUUAUCUUAUUUAACCUUAUUGUUAAAUUAUUAUUUAUUACACAUAAAAUGUUUAAUACCAGUAUGGGUAUUUAAACAAUAUAAGAUUAUUAUUUCUAUUGUUAUAUUAAAUUUGCUUUUAUUAUUAAUAAGUGAAGCACAACUUUACAAAGGCAGAAAGAUUUCAAUAAAUGUUGAUGAUUAA